AUGGGCAAGCGCUACCCCUAUUUAAGCGUGCCAAACUGAGCGCUAGGCAGUAGUGUUUUCGAAACGCCUUGAGACUGAGCCAACAUGAAGGCCGCCCUGGUCCUCGCUGUCCUUUUCGUCAUCGCCUACGCCGAUCACCCCGAAGGUACUGAGGGACAGCAGCAUGGAGCCCAUCAUGGCAACCACAGUGACGAGCAUGGGCACCAUCACGGACACCAUCAUGGACACCAUCACGGACACCAUGGAUCCGUGUGCAAUUUGCCAGCGGAAACCUUGGCUACCGUGGUUGAUUGUGUCGUCCAAAACGUCACAGAGGAGGUUCGAGGGAAGCUGGACCGUGUAAGGCAGGGCCUUGACUGCGACACCAUCCUGUGUGGUAUUCAGAAAUUUUGCGAGAGGGAUGGCACUCUGGAGAACAACCGGACAGACGUCUUUACGCAUGAACAGAACAUGGAGCUCCGGGUAGCGUUCAUGGGAUGCCGGCCUCAGCAAGUGGCCACCUCUGAAGACUCGGCUCAACACGUCACCGAGGCUACAGCUGAAGCUUAAUUUUGUAAAUAGAAAUUGAUGAACACGUCUGCAAUGAAGAAUCCAAUAAAUGCAUAAAUGCGUUUCCAUUCUCUGGUUUCGAAGAG